AUGAAGAUUUUAUCCUUCCUGCUCAUUUUCUGUCAUGUGUCAUCUACAGUGGAACACUCCCUGGAAUUUUUUGCCACUGGAUUUCAUGGAUUUCCAGACUUUCCGGAGUUUGAGUACGUACUGUUGGUUGAUGGAGUUGAGUUGGGGUACUGUGACAGCGACACCAAGACGCUAAAACUUCAUGACUGGACAAGAGAAUUCAUGAGCGAUAACCCAGACUACCUGCAGUUGUAUUCAGAGAUGUGUUUGUUGAAUCAGUACUCCUUAAAGGCUCUCAUUGUGGAUGUCAUGCAAGGCUUAAAUCAAAGUGAAGGUAUGCACAUUUUACAGAGAAUUAGUGGCUGUGAGUGGGAUGAAGAGAUCGCAGAGACUGCUAGUUUUCUGAAGCUUGGUUAUGAUGGAGAGGACUUCAUGGCUCUGGACCUGCAGGCAUCAACAUGGACUGCUCUAAAACCUGAGGCCCUCACUGCUAAACUCAAAUGGGAUGCUGACAAACUUGCAUUACAUGACGAUACUAGCUUCUACAACUAUGAAUGCUCCUUUUGGCUAAAGAAGUAUUUGCUCUAUGGGAGAAAAUAUCUGGGGCAAACAGUGCUUCCCUCAGUGUCUCUCCUCCAGAAGUCUUCCUCCUCUCCAGUCAGCUGCUUCGCCACAGGUUUCUACCCGGACAGAGCUGCGAUGUUCUGGAGGAAAGAUGGAGAGGAGCUUUAUGAGGGCGUGGACCAUGGAGAGAUCCUCCCAAACAAUGAUGACACCUUCCAGAUGAGGGCUGACCUGAACAUUUCAUCAGUGAAACUUGAGGACUGGGAGAAGUACGAGUGUGUGUUUCAGCUCUCUGGGGUGGAGGAGGACAUCAUCACCAAACUGGACAAAUCAGUGAUCAGAAGCAACAACGGCAAAUCUGAUACUCCUCGGGUUCCUGCUGUUAUUGGAGUUGCUGCAGGACUGCUGCUCCUGUCAGUCUGCAUCGCUGGAUUCAUCGUGUGGAGAAAAAAGAAAAAUGGGCUUCAGGUUAUUCAAUGGGAACAGGAUAAUGAAGGGAUGGCGCUCGACUCCAGCAUGUGA